UGACGUGACGUCAGCGGCGUGGUGACGUAAGGCGCAGACGGCAACGGGUGGGAGGAGGCCCGAGGAGCGGAUUUCGGGGUGUAAGCAUCAUGGCGGACCCGGAGCUGGAAGCUAUAAGGCAGCAGCGGCUGGCAGAGCUGCAGGGAAGACGUGGGGAUGCUGGGAAUGAGCAGACACAGCAAGAAGCCAAACAAAGGGAGGAGGAGAUGAGGAAUAGCAUCUUGUCGCAGGUCCUGAGCCAGGCUGCCCGGGCGAGGCUGAAUAACUUGGCGCUAGUGAAGCCUGAAAAAGCCAAAGCUGUGGAAAAUUACCUUAUACAGAUGGCAAAAUAUGGGCAACUAGGUGGCAAGCUUUCUGAGCAAGGACUUAUAGAGAUUCUGGAGAAAGUGAGUCAGCAGACGGAAAAGAAGACAACUGUGAAGUUUAACAGAAGGAAGGUGAUGGACUCGGAUGAGGAAGACGACUGAGGUGAGGCCGGCCCGGUACAGACUCUGCACCCGGAGCACUUGCGUUACAUUGAGAAGCACUGAACUAAUCCGACUUCCCGAGGGAGACCCCGGUCAAUGAUGAUUGUGGUUAUGAUUAUUAUAUUUUUUUUUUAUAUUGAGCAUCCAUUUGCUGCGUUCAUUUCCAGUUGCCAUAGGGCCUGGGCACACCCCGCAGCACCCCCUGCAGUUACUAAAGUGGUACCCUCUUUUUAAAUAGUAAAUUAUUUGGACUGUUUAUUACGAGAUGUUGCUCUGACAACUUUUUGUACCAGAGGGGUGGAUGUGACAGCGAUAUCUGAGCAUUGUUCUUAAGAAACAUGCAAAAUUAAAAACAUUUUGUUUUUGUGCUGUA